AACCCUACUGAUUCUUGAAUUUGUUACGUAACUGAAUUUCGAAUUUCACGUUUACAUAUCCCUAACCGUCUAAACAAACUUCUAAAGUUAAUAAUAAAUCCAAAACCUUCUUCACUUUCUCUCACUCCAAAACCCUAACACACUCGCUCUCUAAAAACCUUCAACAAUGACCAUGGCUUUUCGUUCCUCAAGAUCCGAAACUUCAUCAUAUUCACACUUCGCUUCUUCAUCCGUAUCAACUUUCUCUCCAAGAGCCUCUCCUGUGAUGAUGCAAUCCUCAUCAUACGGUCACCGUUCUACACCACCGUCUCCACCGUCACCUUCUUCCACCGUAAGAUUCUCCACCGAACAACGACCGGAAUCUCCAGGACCUAAAUCGAUGACGGCGGUGUCGUCCACGAAUACGAAGCCGGCGAGGAGGUGCAUGUGUUCUCCUACGACACACGCUGGUUCGUUUCGGUGCGCGUAUCAUAAACGCAUGGCGGAGCAAGAACAACAACGGCAACAGAAACAAGAUAAAGUUCAUCAACAACAUCAACAGCAAAAAGAAGUUCAACAGAAGCAGCAUCAGCAGCAACAACGGCAACAAAUUACGGCGAUGUCAAGAAGUAGAACGCUGAAUCUUAGACGAUCGGCGAUGAAGAAUUCGUUGAUUCGAAUCGGUGUAGAAGGUGAAAUUUUGAAGAGAACAUUAACGAAUUUGAUUCGACCUUCGCCGCAACAACUUCGCCGCCGGGAAGCUUUUCAGGCGAAGCCAAGCCGGCUCUCUGUUAUGUCAAAAGCUGCUUAAGCCUCGUAGUGAAUAUUUUAUUUUAUUUUUUUAUUUUGUUCUUUAUUUGUGAAUGAAUUUGAAGAACACGCGCUAGCUAUGAUUUUAUAAUUCUUAUCCUGUGUUUGCGUAACAGAGGGAACCUUUUUCUUCUUCUUUUUUUUGUUUUGGUAGUGAAAAAUAGUCAAAUACAAUAGACCCUUGUUGUACAUAGUUUUUCCUUUUUAGGAAUUUUUUUGUGAAUAGUUAUUAUAUACAGUCUUUUCCUUCA